GUAAUGUCCUUCGAAUAGCGCCCUAUAUUGUACUCAAAAAUGAAAAUUUUCCGUUUAACGACGCGGUUUUUUCUAACAAAACUUUCAUUUUCUUCAAUAAUAAAUCAGUGAUCCGGAAUUAUGUACACGUCUCCUUGAAAUUUGAUUAAAUUUCAUCUGGAUCACCAAUAAUUCGUAACAGACAGUUUUAUCGUGUUUUUACUACGAAAAAUGUAAAAAAAAAAUAAUUUUUUUCAUUAAUAUCAAAGUUACUAGUGACUAAAUGGACUUAAUACUGAAAUUAAUCAUAAAAUGAUUCCCAUUUCGAUAAUUUUCACGUUCCUUAGAAUUGUUUUAACUGAGGGAAUUAACGGUAAUAAUAUCAUUUCUGAUCGACUUGCUAACGUAACUCAAACGAUUUCUCGUCUUCUCGAAGGAUACGACAUCAGAUUGAGGCCUAAUUUUGGAGGAGAUCCCCUUCUGGUGGGUAUGGAUUUGACAAUCGCAAGUUUUGAUGCCAUUUCCGAGGUGAAUAUGGAUUACACCAUUACUUUGUACUUAAAUCAGUAUUGGAAAGAUGAAAGACUAGCUUUUGGUAGCGAUGAUGAAAUUCUAACCCUUUCCGGAGAUUUUGCCGAAAAAAUUUGGGUGCCGGAUACGUUUUUCGCAAACGACAAAAAUAGUUUUUUACAUGACGUGACCGAAAGGAAUAAACUUGUGAGGUUAAAUGGCGAUGGAUUUAUAAUAUACGGAUUGAGGUUCACGACAACUUUGGCGUGUAUGAUGGACUUGCACUACUAUCCUUUAGAUUCGCAAAAUUGCAGCGUUGAAAUCGAAAGUUAUGGUUACACUGUAAUGGACGUGGUGAUGUAUUGGAAAUCGACUCCGGUUCGUGGUGUAGAAGACGCCGAACUUCCUCAAUUCACGAUAAUGGGUUGGGAAACAAAUGAUCGAAAAGAAAGAUUGGCAACCGGUACAUAUCAAAGAUUGUCCCUUUCUUUUAAAUUACAAAGAAAUAUCGGUUAUUUCAUAUUUCAAACUUAUUUACCCAGUAUAUUGAUAGUUAUGUUAUCUUGGGUCUCUUUUUGGAUCAAUCACGAAGCUACUAGCGCUAGAGUCGCGUUAGGUAUAACAACUGUUUUAACCAUGACUACAAUCAGUACUGGUGUACGCAAUUCCCUACCUAGGAUAAGUUAUGUUAAAGCUAUCGAUAUUUACUUGGUGAUGUGUUUCGUUUUCGUUUUCGCUGCACUUUUAGAAUACGCAGCUGUUAAUUAUACCUACUGGGGAGCUAGAGCCAAAAAGAAAACUAAGAAACAGAAAGACGGAGAAGAUAUUAAAAUAGGAUCCAAAGUAUCGUCAGCACAAUCGAGUGUAAGUAAUCAAGAUAUUAUUGAACUAAAAGACGUUAAAAUGAGUCCCAUUGCUUCGAUAAGAAACAGAUACAAUUCUAAUUAUACAUACGAUUCGGAUCCGUCAAAAUUCCCUCCCAGUUUUCGAAUUUUAAGAACGCAAAGUCCGUACAUCUACAGAAAUCCUGCUGGACUUAGACAUAGAAGCAAUAGAAGUAAUUCUAUUCAUAAACCGAAGAUGUUCCACGCUCUUAGAAAAGGAGCUUCGGUUCUAAAAUCGUCUAUGCCAAAAAUUAAAGACGUUAAUGUUAUUGACAAAUACUCGCGGAUUAUUUUCCCUGUUACAUUUUUAUUUUUCAAUAUCGGUUAUUGGAUGUUUUAUUUUUUGGAAUAAAUAAGAUGGAUUCGUUGAAAGAUUUUAAAUUUGUAAACAUAUCAGAUCUGACGUGAAAUCAUACAAAACAAUGUUGCCAACUGUACACAAGCGUUUUAUUAUCUUACCGUCUAUGAACUUGAAAAUAUAUGCGCGUCACUUAUUGGCAACAGCGCUCAAAACGAUUGAAGUGAAAA